GCACUUUACCCCCGUCUUCUUCAGUUUCAUUUGUUGGCUGCAAAAACAGAAAGACAAAGGAUCUAUCACUUUACUUUAUUUUUUGCAAACUUCCAAAACAACAGAGACAAAUUAUUUUUUCGAACCACCCGUUUCUGCUUUUGAUUUUUAUUUUUCUAAUGGCAAGACUUGAUUUUUGUGGUCUAACUGAGACGGGAUGCUUCAGGAUUUAAGUGCGAGCGUCCUCUUUCCGUCCUGCCUGCAGCACCGAACUUUUGCUCAAGUUCCCGACAAUGACGAGCAGUUCGUCCCCGACUUCCAGACAGAAAACUUGGCUUUCCACGGUCUGCAGCUGAAGAUCAAGAGGGAGCUGCACAGCCCGUGCUCCGAGCUGAGCUCCACCUGCAGCCAGGAGCGGCCCUUCAAGCUCCAGUAUGGAGAGAAGUGCCCGUACAGCAUCAGUGCCUAUGAGCAGAAGCAGCCUGCAGGAAUGAAGCCCUCCAGCCCAGUGACGCCCCCCUGUAGCACCCCCGUGUCCCCCCUUCACCAUGGCUCACCCACAGCGGCCCCAACGCCCAAACCAAACAGGACUUACGGCCACAUCCCGCCGCCCUCGCAGCCCCUCCCUGACACCGCCUACUCCAUGGACCACAGAUUUCGACGUCAGCUCUCGGAGCCGUGCCACUCGUUUCCCUCCCCGCCGACGAUGGCUCGGGACAGCCGGCCCAUUUACCACCGGCAGAUGUCGGAGCCCAGCAUCCCCUUCCCUCCUCAAGGCUUCAAGCAGGAGUACCCCGACCCGCUCUUUGAGCACCCGGCCAUGAUGGGAGCGCCUCUGCCCCACGGGUACCCCGCCGGCAUGAUGAUCAAACAGGAGCCGAGGGACUUCACCUACGACUCAGAAGUGCCUAGCUGCCAUUCUGUCUACUUACGACAAGACGGCUACCUGGCUCACGCUAACAGGACCGAAGGCUGUAUGUUUGACAAAGUGGCGAGGCAUUUCUACGACGACACCUGCGUGGUACCAGAGAAGGUUGAAGGCGACAUCAAGCAGGAGGCCGGGCUGUACCGCGAGGGCCCGUCGUACCAGCGCAGAGGCUCGCUGCAGCUCUGGCAGUUCCUGGUGGCUCUGCUGGACGACCCGUCCAACUCCCACUUCAUCGCCUGGACCGGCCGCGGGAUGGAGUUCAAACUCAUCGAGCCAGAAGAGGUGGCGCGUCGAUGGGGGAUCCAGAAGAACCGGCCAGCAAUGAACUAUGACAAACUCAGCAGGUCGCUGCGCUACUACUACGAGAAGGGUAUCAUGCAAAAGGUGGCCGGUGAGAGAUAUGUCUACAAGUUCGUGUGCGACCCCGAGGCUUUGUUCUCCAUGGCGUUCCCCGACAACCAGCGGCCGGUGCUGAAGACGGACAUGGAGCGGCAGAUCAACGAGGAGGACACGGUGCCGCUGUCGCACUUUGACGAGAACAUGGCCUACGUGCAGGAGGGGCCCUACUGCCAACCGCACCCCUACAGCGAGGGCUACGUUUAUUAACGCCAGCUCCACAAACACACACCUUCACUCUACCACACCGCCCCAACUCCUCCAUACACCUGAGGCUGUCAUGUCGCUCUGGGA